AUGGUUCUCGCCGACACACUACUCUGCGUCAAUUCCAUCAUUGGCUAUUUCUGCAAUGGUAUCCUGGUGUACUGUAUCCUGGCCACGCCCAAUUCCAGGAUGGGCACUUAUCGGUACCUAAUCCUGGUGCUCGCCUAUUUUAACAUCGUCUACUCUACGGCGCAUCUUUUGGUCAUUCCGGUGACGUACAUUCGCGAUUUUUAUGUGAUUUUCUACUCCUCGUCCUACUUGGGGCAAUGCGGGCUUGUGGGUUAUCUGGCCCUUUUGGCGUACUGCUCGCUGUUCGCCCAAUCCAACAUGCUGCUCGCCUUCCACUUUAUCUAUCGCUAUAUAUACAUUUGCAGAACGGAACUGCUGCAGUUCCUGAACGAGCCGGUGAUGCUGCUGCCGGUGAUCGUGGCCUACAUGUUCUACACGUGGCUCUGGAUCAUCUCCGUCCAUCUGUUUAUGGGCAGCACCCCCGAUUUCCUGGGCCGAGUCGCCGCCGAUUUCCACGAAUUCUCCGGCUUUUGGCCAAACGAGACGGCCGUUGUGGGGAAUCAAUAUCUGGAU